AUGGCUCGCAAAGCGUCGUCUGUGCCCGAGGGGUACAAGGAGGAUCUCUCCAAGGGCAAGAUGCUCCGCUUUGAGGAUUCCCUGCCCCGUCUCCCCGUUCCCUCUCUGGAGGAGACGGGCAAGCGCUACUUGAAGUCCGUCCACCCGCUGGUCUCCGAGGCGGAGUUUGAGCGCACCAAGAAGGCCGUCGACGCCUUCGUUCGCCCCGGUGGUGAAGGUGAGACCCUGCAGAAGCGGCUGUUGGAGCGUGCCGCCAACCCCAAAGUCAAGAACUGGCUUUCCGAGUGGUGGAACUCCGCCGCUUAUCUGGCAUACCGGGAUCCCGUCAUCCCCUAUGUCUCGUACUUCUACUCCUACCGGGAUGACCGGGAGCGUCGUGACCCCGCUAAGCGUGCGGCCGCCAUCACAUCUGCGGCGUUGGAAUUCAAGCGCCAGGUCGAUGACGGCUCCUUGGAGCCCGAGUAUAUGCGUGGCCAGCCCAUGGCCAUGAGCUCCUACGAGUACAUGUUCAACUGCUGCCGUAUCCCCGCCAGCCCCGAGGACUUCCCGCGCAAGUACUCCGCCGCCGAGAACCAACACAUCGUCGUUGUCCGCAAGAACCAAUUCUUCAAGGUGCCGCUUGUUGUGGAUGGACAGGCCUUGAAUGUGUCCGAGCUGGAGCAGCAGUUCAAGCGCAUCUACGAGAUUGCUCAGCCCGCCCCGCCGGUCGGUGCGCUGACCGUGGCUGAUCGUGAUCACUGGACGAGUGCCCGGGAGAAGCUGAUCGCUGCGGACCCCGCCAACGAGCAGGCUCUGCGAGACAUCGAGUCCGCCGGGUUUGUCAUCUGUCUGGAUGACGCCAAGCCUGUGACCCUGGAGGAACGGGCUCACCAGUACUGGCACGGUGAUGGCUGCAACCGCUGGUUCGACAAGCCCCUGCAGUUCAUCAUCAACGACAACGGUGCGGCCGGUUUCAUGGGCGAGCACUCCAUGAUGGAUGGUACACCCACGCACCGUCUGAAUGACUUUGUCAACGCGCUCAUCUUCGGCCGCAAGAUUGAUCUGUCGGCCAAGUCCGUCCGCUCCCAGCUGGCUGACCCCAAGGCGAUCAAAUUCGCCUUGAACGACGAGGUCAACGAGGCGAUCGAUGUCGCCGUCCAGUACCACCGCAAGCAGAUUGGCAACCACGAGCUCGUCGUCCAGGCGUACCAGGGAUACGGCAAGGGUCUGAUCAAGAAGUUCAAGUGCAGCCCCGACGCCUAUGUUCAGAUGGUCAUCCAACUGGCCUACUACAAGAUGUACGGCAAGAACCGACCGACCUACGAGUCCGCUUCCACUCGCAAGUUCCAGGAGGGCCGUACCGAGACCACUCGGACCGUGUCGGACGAGAGCGUUGCCUUUACCCGCGCUUUCUGCGACCCUAGCGUUCCUCGUGAGGAGGUGGUCAAGCUGUUCCGCGCUGCGUUGUCUCAGCACACCAAGUACACCCUCGAGGCCAGCGACGGCCACGGUGUCGACCGCCACCUCUUUGGUCUGAAGAAGUUGCUCCAGCCCGGCGAGAAGCUUCCUGCCAUCUAUGAAGACCCCGCAUUCACCUACUCUGGCUCUUGGUACAUCUCUUCCUCGCAGCUCAGCUCCGAGUUCUUCAACGGAUACGGAUGGAGCCAAGUCAUUGACGACGGAUUCGGUAUUGCCUAUAUGAUCAACGAGAACAGCCUCAACUUCAACAUUGUCUGCAAGCGCAUCGGUGCUCACCGCAUGAGCUACUACUUGAACGAAGCUGCCUCCGAACUCCGCGAUGUCCUCCUCCCCGAUCUGGCCGCCCAGCCCGAGAAGUCCAAGCUGUAA